AUGGAUGGGACAUACAACAACCCUUAUGCGCAAGGGCAAUCGCAAUCACCAUUAUCGCCUCAAAGACCUGGCGGAUACCAAGUGAACGUCAGCCGUCAAAAGACAAGGAAAUGGGUCCAAGCACCCGUUCAAAACUACGAUGGUGAUGACUGGGGCGCCGACGAGUUCGACGACGAUGAACCACCACCACCGCCCCCUCCCGUUUCUCGAGUUACAACAGGUCUCCGAUCUGUUGGCCAACGUCCUUCCGAAUCAUACGGCCCUUCGCCCAGGUUAGCUGCUGCUGUAGCUUCCAGCUCUCGAAGCUCGAGUGGUCCUCCGUCGCUCCAGCUCGAAACUCAACAUCCAGCCGGGUCCUCUAACGCUGCGCCUCCGGAACAAAUCUACAGUGUUUCUUCGCCUGUUGCAGGACGGAACGGAUCUCCUGCGCCGGUUUCUUCGGGCGAUGGGUCUGCAAAACCGCCGAGUUUUCAACAGCAGCCUGAAGUCCGCUCCUCUACCCCGCAAAGCCCCAGUGGUUCUGCUCGAGCUUCUCCCUCGAUUCGGCCUGAUUUGUAUCGCCAUAUAGAUGAUGAACGUAAACUUGGCGGCUCGCCCUUGUCUAUCACGGAAAACAUUGCGCCCAGGCCGAAUGAUUGUUCUACACCACCCGUUCACGAACCUAGCCGUCAGGCAUACGGACAAGGAGAUGACCCUGUGGUCGACAGAGUCCAGAAGCAGCCGACUUUUGACAGUAUUCUUGCGAAACGCGAUGAGCUGCAUGUUGGACAGCCAGGAUCAAACGAUGUCCCCUUCUUAGAUAGCGCUGAAACUUCGCAGCAAAUCAACAACCCCGAGGAAGAGUCUGUCCUACAUUCACCCACAGAUAUCGACCGAAAACGAAUGUCUGUUAGCCCACAGCUUCCUGAUGUCGCGCGUAUGUCAGUUUUCGGCGCUGAUUUCUUCUCUUCGGACAGCAGCAAUUCAAAUGCUCAUGGUCCCAUCAAACAGGAACAGCCCUCGGCACCUAAGCAGCCAAUCAGUACCCCCGCAAACCUCUCUACGCUGAAAGAAAAGCCCCAAGAGGGCGAAGAUGAUGGCAAUGGAUCCAGAGUUGGCAAUGCUUCGCCUGGUCAAUCGUCCCUUGUUCCUGCAAAUGACCCACGAUCUGUUCCGCCUUUGCGUACACCAAGCCCAAACACGAAAGGGCUUUAUCCACCACUCGGAGACCCUGCGAGUGACUCAACUGCAACAGGCUCCAAGAUCACACCGACAGAGCCACUGCACCCCCGGCCAUCAGAUUACUCGCCCUCAAACUACGAGCCAAAUUCUGCUCUCACGCAGGGGACAAUGAAUACAUUUAAUUCAUCGCCUAUUAAGGAGAGUGAUGUUUUGAGUGAGGAGAUUAUGAGGUCUCUGAGUCCUAUCGCCCCAACCCCAAAUUCUGCUCUUGCCCGACCUGCGCCCGAGAACACUCAGUCAUUGACACCAGGUGGUCAGAAUGGCAUGCGUAACAGCAGUUAUACCCUCAGCGACUACGACAAUUAUUGGGCAGAUUCGAUCGACAAGCCUGAACAAGGACAGGAGAAGUUACAAGCUACGAGUGCCCCCGUAAAUGAACCACAACAAGAGCCAACCGAACACCCAUUGCCUGGGGGGUUGGCUUCUAGCGGACCCAAGUUUGCUUCUCCUCCGGAUUCCCCGAAUGCCGAAGCGCGGCGCAGAUUCUCCUGGGAAGCCGGUUUUGACUCACCCCCAAAGAUCCUCCCUGUUGAGGCUCCCGCUGAAGACUUGAACAAGGAAGUUUCUGCACCAGGUUCCCCAUCACCGGUGGCAUCGCCAAAUGUUCAGUCUCCGCAGAACCCAGUUUCCAUCGAUACCAGCAAAUCCAAUGAGUCUUCACGAAAUAUUGAAGCUCCGAAAAUUAUUAUUCCUCCUUCCGGUGGAAUCUCUCAUCAGGUAUCCAAGGCUAGCACACUUCCGCCAAGCCAGCAGCAAACUACGUUGGAGCCCCCUUCACCAGUGUCGGUGGAACACAAUGACUCCAUGCCUCAGGUCAAAGCAGAUCGCCGUCCAUCGGUCGUGGACGACAAGCCACUGGCCAAAACAUCUUCGAAUCUCGCAUCAACAACGCCGCCCCCAGAAAAGUCGGGCAGGUCGAUUCCCUCAGGCAGCGAGUUUCCGCAGACUACUCCGUGGCGUGACAUUAUGACCUUGGCAACACCUGUUCAAAGGACACUCAAGUUCGAAGCCGGCCGAGACACACAUCAAGCUUGGGAGUCGGGCUUGGAUAACUGGCUCUCUAGUCUUAUGGUCGAGCAUCCCGAAUACGCAAACAGCACUGCCUCCUUUUCUGGGGCAGGUGGUAUGCCUGCAAGUCAAAAAGGACACGCAGCAGGCCCCAGUGUAUCUCACACUCAGCAGUAUUUCAACGCGAGCUCGCCUACGACAGGACAACCGGCAGCUGGCAGAUCUCGGCUCGCUAGCUCGGUGCCAUCGGGCUCCGGCGGCUUCGGUAACUCGAGUAACCAGAUCGGUACCAAGAGCAAGGAACUUAUGCAGUCUGCUGGAAAGAUGGGCAAAGGAUUGUUUAGCAAGGGAAAGAGCAAAUUGCGUGGAACCGGGGACAAGGGCGAACCAACAUCUCCGGUGCAAACAAAGCUCAAGGCUGAAAGACGCGCAUCGUGGGGUUUAGAUCGUCUCGCGAGAUCCCGCGGUGAUGAAACUUCCGAAAAAGACGUCGUGGACUCGAGGCCCUCGACUCAAUCUUACCAUGCUCCACAGUCCUCCCAAUCAUCCAGUAUACCUCCUUUUGGCCCUGUGGCUUCGAUUGGCGAAUCAGGUAAGCAAAUCGCUUUACGCGAGAGUGAUGAGCCUCAGUUUUUACAAAAUGCAUCUGCCAUACCCAGUAGAGAACAUGAUGAUAGAUCACAAUGGUAUAUUCCGACGCCUAUCGAUGAAUCUACUUGGGAUCCUUUCAGGGAGACAAAUCUUGCCAAUUGUAAGGCCUCUACGGAAUCCAGAGCCUUGGUCACAAACGAUGAUCAAUCUCAACAGGAAGGCAGUUUUGAGGCGCCUUUCAGUAAGCCUGUGCCUGACAGUGGCCGUGUUCGUAUGGUACCUUCAGAAGAACAUUAUGGCUCAUCGCACCAGCCGACGUCUGUCUACGCCACGGUCACGUCUCAAGAGAAACCCAGAGACGUUCAGUAUGAGCUUCAACCUAGGUCUCCUACUCAACCAACCGAUUCAUCUGUUACUCCGCAGCGGCAUUCAUCUUUUGUGGGCUUGCCGCUUAUCAGAAGGGGUUCGACUUUCGAUGUCAACCCAAGAACGACUGCAAUCGAGCGGCGAACGACAGAGCCUAUAGACGAGCGUGUUUCAGCUGAUCCUGAAGAUUAUGACCAAAUUCUUCGCCAGCAAGGAACCAUUACAUCCGAGGUCACGGUCGGGUCAACUCUAGUGGGAACCGACUCGAUCGCGACUGAUAAAGAAUAUAAGAAGGAUGUUGAUGAUCCAGAAACACCUGCGAUGACUCCGGAGCGCCAACGUCGUGCUUCACAGCAACGAUCCCCUCAGGCGGUACCACGUCAUUCCCUCCAGAUGCAUCCAGUCAAUCAGGGACCUAUGCCAACACAGAACCCGGAAUAUCAAAACCCUUCACUGCCACUAUUACCACCCCAUUUAAUGGGUGGCGGUGGCAAUCCAGUCCAGAGACUGCCUCCUUCCGGUCCCUGGAAACUAGAAGAAAGCCAUCUGUCGGAGCCUUUGCAUCGUGUUACCCCCAAGGCUUCACCACUUCUUCCAUCGGGGCAGUGGAAGCUGGAAGAAAGUCACUUAGCCGAACCUCUUCACGUUGUGAAUAGGAACCGAGCUGGUACAAACGCCUCACAGGUCUCACAGCGUUCGCAACGCUCACGACAUUCGCAGCAUGAUCUAUCUUUUGGUUAUAACAAAGAAACAGGUGAUGUGCCCACUUCUCCAUCAUCGAGCUCGACAACUCAGUAUCAACAUCAUCAACGACAGAAGCCUUCUGAGGUGCCCCCGUCAACGGCCAAUCGAUAUCCAGGCCUCUUUCCUGGUCAGCAACGACCACAGAGUAAUUCGCAGGAAACCCCCCCAGGUCAAGGUUCUCAGAUCGCCAGGCGCCUGUCUCACGAGGAAGGUAUUUCAAAAACAGGGACCGGUGGCAAUGAAGUCCCUGGUGAUGAUCGUGGUCGUUCUAGGGGAGCGUCAGCACUGUUCAAGGAUAUUGGGCAUCGCUUCAGGAAGUCUUCAACCGAGCGACAACGCACGCCUGUUGACAACUACAAUCCAUACCAGCCUCCGCAGCUUCCAGAGGCUAGCCAUGAUGCAGCUUCCGUGUCUAGUGUAGCGACGGAUGGAGCCAACGACCGGAAGAAAUCCAGGGCCAGUUUCAUGCUGGGUCUUAGAAGUAAGCAGAGCCGAGAAAAGCUCUCUAUCCCUCCACGCCCGGAAGAUUCGAGACCACACACCGCAAUGGAAGACAAGAGGGCAUCUCGACUCACUCCCGGGUUAGGCAUCGAUUCUGCCCAGUUAAGGCCUACAGGCAUACCGCGCGCAGCUACGUCCAAUCUGGCUAACGAGCUGAGCCAGAAUGGAAGUACUACCCUUCCUCCCAAGAAGCGAUUCUCAGCUUUCAAUGCCAAGGUCGCUAUGACAAACGUAUUCAACAGGCCAAGCAGUGGCUUAUAUGCCAAACCCGGCAGUCCUACUUCCUCUAGGCCGAUUUCAAGUCAUUUAGGCGUGCAACAGCCGGUAUCUCUAGAGCGAUCUCAUACGGGCUUCGAGCGAAGCAACACUGCCGGUCCAACUUUCAACCAGAUGCUGCCAACCCUACCAAAUGUACACCCUGCCGGUGCUCCAGAUCGUCGUACAAGACGCGGCUCAGCGGCUGGAUUGAUCUCGGGUCUUUUGGGGCAUGGCCACAAGAGCAAAGAAGUUCAGCAGAGUGCCUCAUCUCAGAUGCAACAGCAUCUCGCCCAACAAACACAUGAUCGCCGCCCUUCUGGAUCGCAAUCCAAUCUAUCGCAACAUGAAAUGCUGCAACCUCAGGAUCGAAGCCUCUCUGGUCCUCAGCUGCCCACUCCUGCUCUGCAGAUGCCUGGUGCUUUCCCUGAGACUCCCGGAAUUCCAACGCCUCAGAGCGAUGCCCCGCCUCCCGUCAGCCUCCAAAGACCGCAGCCAUUUGUUAACCAGCCACCAUCAAUGGUUUGCCAAAUGACUGAUGAUGCUGUUCCCAAGGAGCGGUCUCCCAUUCUGACCUCUAGAACCUCCGCGGGCGCAAUAAGAGAGGGCCAACAUGCUCAGGCGGCGUAUCGAAACUCCCGCCCAUCACCACUAGGCUUUGGCUCCACGACUCCUGUGGGGACUCCUCCGAUAGUGAUGACAAUAGAUCACAGUCGUCAUGGCACGCCUCAAACUCCUUUCAGUGUCGGCCAGGGAAUUCAUGACCCUCGAACCGAACGAAUGAGAUCAAUCUCGCCAGCGGCAUCAGGCAUACGUUCUGCUCCAACAACACAGACGUCCUUCAACAUUCCAAGCACAACCCCGACGACACAGACAUCGUUUCAUCAUCCGUCGCGGUCACUCGAAAGGCUUUCACAGCACAUGCAAGAGAUAGCGCCUAUUCAACGGCCCACCACUGACUCCCCAAACAUGUCUUUCAGGCAGAACGCGAGGCCUGGGCAUAUUGUGUCAGAUGAUGGCAUGCCUCUGUCCCCUGUAUCCCAGAUUUCGAAGACAGGACCACCAUCUGUUUCAUCAAUGGCAACACAGAGUCCUCGGUUGAACAGUUCCUUUCCUACUAGUGGAAGGCGGCAAUCUUCACAAAUUUCACAGCCUGAGACUCCAAUCAUCCCGGUAGCGUGUACCAGUCCUCCAGUGCAGGCAUUCACUAGUAGGAUGGGAAUUCCGCCUCAGCAGCAGCAUUCCUCAAACUUUUUGUCACAGGCCGAUCUUCCUCAGCAGGGUGCUUAUCAAAUGGCUUCAGGUCGUCCCCCAAUGCAGAUGCAGGAAUCUGACGGAGACCCCCAAGUGCCUCCAAAGGACGAAACGAGCCAUCUGCAGCAGCCUCAAGUUGUUGAUCAGCAAGCUCGGCAAGGGAGUCAUGGAGUAUCGAAGUGGAAGGGUCUUAAGAACCGCAUGUCUGCGCAAGUUGCGCAUAAGUCACAGCCUAGUCAAGGAAAGACCGAGGCUGACAAAGACAAACUGACUGCAAGUAAGAUCCUCGGGGCAUUUAAACGAGGUUCCAAGGAAAACCGGCAGUCCAUGGUCAUUCCAGAUUUCCAAGCUUACCAACAGCACCAGAUGGGAGCUCCGCAGCAACGACAGCCUCUUCAGCAGCAUUCUACUACCCAGGUUCCAUACGGGCAAGCACAGUCCCCUGGCCCAUCUUCGAAUGUCGGCGGUCAGCUUUUCGGGCAAACCGCAACUUCACGACCAUCGUCACAUCUGACCAACCAGUCCCCCGCGCAGCUGCAAUAUAAAAGACAGUCUUCAAUGUUUAUCAGUCCACCUUUACCUCAGCAGCAGUUCCAUGACUCUUCAGGAUCCAUCUCUCAAGGACAACCAGGCAUUCAUUCGCCACAGCGUGUCCUUGCGUAUCAACCCCCUCAACCUCAAGGCGAGCUCUUACCCUCAAAUUCACCUACUGGUCCAAUCCAUCGGUCACCGCAACAGCAAGAACACUAUCAGUCUCCUCCCCAGCACCAAUACCAGUUCCAAUCUUCUCCGCCACAGGGACAUUUCCAGUCUCCAUCACUUCAGCAAAGACAAUUUCCAUCACCGCCACAACAGCAAGGACAGUCCGGGUCCCCCGCCCAGCAUCAAAGUCAAGUCCACGCCCCUAUUCAGAUUCAGGGGCAGUUUCAAUCGCCUCCACAAUCUCAGGGCCAGUGGCAACAUCAGACACAUUCGCCGGAGAAUCAGUCUUUGCCCACUCAAUCUCGGCAAGCUUCUUAUCCUGGCCAGUGGCAAGGUACCAUUGGCCAGAGUCCAAAUUCGCCUGCACAUCAAAGCCCCCGGCACUCGCACUUCUCCCAGCAGCCUUAUAGUCCACAGCCUAGGCAUCCGAGCCAGCAAAUGGUUCAUGGGGAAGAGUCGCACCCUGUUCAUGUCUCUACUCCUGACACUGUUCACGCGCCCACGCCGGUUCACGCGCCAUCACCACGUCCUUCGCUCCUAAAUCUUCUUGCGUCUGGCAGCAUCGACAAUGAAGGACUGCAGCAGGAGGACCGUGGCCACACUGGCCUCUAUAGUGACGGAACAAGCGGAAAUCCUCAGGCCAGCGCUAGUUCAUCGCCCAACGAGCAGAUUCCCCCAGAAAUCGGCACGCAACAAAACGGUGGCUCAAAGAACCAAGCUCCCUCCCUUCCCAUGCCUGUGUUUGCUUCUGAUCCUGUUGUGGGGGGUUUUAUGGGAGCUGGGUCUGUAACAAAUGCAAACAGGGGCUACUCUCCCAAAGCAGAGGAGUCCCAGGGCGUGUCCAUUAGUCCACCUACUGUGAUGACAGGCAAUGCCAGUUCAGGACUAAUCAGGCCAUCCCCGUCAGAUGCGGGCGACUCGAGGGCUCCGUCCCAACCCAAACCCAGACCCAGCGAAGGCCCCUCAUUCCAUGCAGAACUUGAGAACACAGAAGACGCACGAAAACGCACACUACGUCUCAACUCACAGGAAGAAAAGAUCCACUAUGAUCCCAAUGCCGAUUCAGAUGGGGAGAUGCCUGCUCAGAUGAGUGCGACUAGUUAUCCCGGGCAAGAGUGGAAUCCAUACGGCAUGACUGAAGUGGGUGAUUGGAAUGAAGCCCUGUACCGUUGA